ACUUUCUGAACCAUUAGUCAGCAAUUGAAAACUGUACUCUUUGUACCAUCCAGAAAAUCCGUGAUUCAAAUGGAACGCUUCAACAUUAUUCUCUUCAAUUUCUAUUCUCUCGCGAUCCUGGCGGAAUCAACGUUCACUGGAUCGUCAGCAAUGAUUGAAACUUCGUGGGACAAUGUAUAUGACAACUCUACCCAGGUUGGAGAACACGUGAAGGAUUCGUUAUAUUUGAAUAACGCAUCAAAUGCAUUCACAAUUUCAACUAGUGACUUUUCAAGCAAUAAUAUUAAAGAUAUGCAACACAAUGAGGAUAAAGAAAAUGAUGCAGAUAGUAAAGAAGAACCAUCUGAAGAUUUGUCAUCGCAUGAUAUCCUACUGGAUCCUAGUUUAUUAUCGGUUCGUCUAAGUCGUCAAACUGAAAAACGUGACGCAAAUUACUCAAACCUCGCAUCAAUCUCCAGUAAUGUUAAGUCUAACAACCAUGAUGAUAGUAAAAGUGUUCUUUCGUCGAAAUGGAAUCUGAAUUAUGAGGGUGAUCUCAGCGUGGCUGAAGAUAGAUAUCCGUCUGCAUAUCCGUAUUAUCGAAAAGAGUUUCCGAAUCAAAGAUAUCGAGCGAACGACAGAAGGGAACGUUAUCGUAAUUACUUGAGAUACCCUGUAUUUUCGGGAAAAUAAAUGGAAGUUUCUGAGUUUUUUCUUUUUCUUCUCAU